AUGCUCGGACUCCAAGACUUGGCAAGGCCACUUCAACCGCCUGCGCCACAGCAAUUUGGGAAAUCAUGGAAGGCAAAUCUUCAAACCUGGCGCAGGCUAGAAUUGCACAAGUGGUCCUGGGAUGCCAAGAAAGACUGGGACAAAAACACAGCAAAACGAUUUGGCAACCUGCGUAAUGCCAUUCUGUGUCUUGAAGACGUCAAAUCCAAAAAGAAUGGCACAUUGGAUGAUGCCGCAGAAUUUCUUGUCGAAGAGCAGAAGCGACUAAAAGUGAACAUCACAACCCACCCUGGAGCAAAGAUGAAGGAAAACAGUGCAAUUGCCUCAAGAAAGCGGAAGAAGCCAAGGGAAGAAAACAAUGAUGUUGCUGGAAACGCAGUAAUUAUCCAGCAACAACCGCAAAAGGCAAGAAGGGUGGGAGGACAAUUACCAAAUGUACAAAAUUUAAAUCCGAAUGCAUGGGGUAGUGGUGGGACAGGGGCCACUACAGCUGUGAGAGCCAUGAGCCGCAAAAAAACACAUUCUGAUGGCAAUCGCAUUUUUUCACCUGCAGGUCCGAUUGCAGCUUUGGCACGAGCACCCCUUAAUACGACAAACAACCAAAGGCGGCAUUUGCUCCAGAGACAAGCCAGAAAAUUGGCUACAGAAAUUCAAGUGAGCAAAGCUGUAUCGGAAUUCACGUCUAAUAUGUCAAGCGUUGAAAUGCUGAGAAGAAGCCAGGAAAUUGAAGUAUUUUGA